CGGUUCCAUUCUGGAUUGCCGCUCAUACUGGAGUACCUGUGUCGACUCUGACCAUGCCUUGGUGCGCUGUCGUUUCUCCAUGAACUUUACCGGAAGGCGCACAAAGCGUCUCCCCCGAUUAGCAACGGAGAAAUUGUCCCAGCCCUCUGUCAGGCAAGCCUAUCAAGAAGCACUGCAUAGCGAACUCUCGCUGUCUUGUCCUAAUGAUACUGAACUUCAGUGGAAUAGGAUCUCGGCCACUAUGCACGACGCAGGAGCAUCUGCUUGUGGCACUAUCAGUCGUCACCGCACCAGUCACUGGAUAUCCGAGAGGUCCGUGAACCUUUUGGAUGCUAGAAGGCACCUCCCGGCUGGUUCUGAACACAAUGUGACCAGACGGGCUAUUAGGCGUGAACUAAAGCGGAGCCUACGUGCUGACAAGGAAGCCUGGUGGACCAGUCGGACUCAAGAAAUGGAGGAGGCAGGAGCAGUAGGCAAUUACCGGAAGCUCUUCCAGCUAAUACGCACCACUGGUCCGAGAAAACCAGGCGUCAGUGAGACAAUCAGGGACAGCGCGGGUGCGCUGAUACACAAUAUGGAGCGCCGUAUGGCUCGUUGGGCUGAGCACUUUGAACAUCAGUUCAGCUGGCCCCCUGCUCCCGGACCUCUUCCUACUCAGGUGAUGCAGGACGUGCCAUGGACGGUUAGUUUAGAGCCUCCGUCGGAGGCUGAGGUCCGAAACGCGAUCACAGCCCUCAAUCGUUUUCGUGCCGCUGGCCCGGAUUCCCUACCACCUGCACUAUUUAAGGAUGGAGGUGAGGUCCUCUGCAAAGCACUGACCUCCCUAUUCGAACGUAUCUGGAACGAAGAG